AUGUAUGCCAACACCAUCGCUCUCGCUCUCCUUGCCGCCACUGGCGCCCUUGCCGCUCCUCACAGCCGCCGCUCCUAUGACGACACCGUCACGGUCAUCCUGAGUGACGGUGGCGAGACCGGUGCUCAGGUCAGCGGCCUGGCGUCGACAUCAACGGCCAUGGGCACUCCAGCCACGAGCGGUCCAUUCACCACGAUCGAGAUCGCCCUUGGAGCGGAUGUCGCGAACAAGGAACUCCGCUGCCAAGCUCUCGACAACUAUGGCAACCCCAUCGUCGGAGUGCGCGGCGCCAACAUCGAUACCACCUUCUCCGACGCUGACAAGGGUCCCUGGACCUUCAGACAACCUGCCUACGUCAGCGAGGUUGUCUGUGAUCCUGCCUUCGAAAAGAUCGACCCCAACUCCGACGAGCUGAGCCUGCGGGUCAUCCUGCAGAAUCAGUCGACCGAGACGGGUUCUCAGACCGUCCUCCCUGCCGGUUCCGUCGCGUACUCCGCUCCUGUCGGUUCCUCGGGCCCCUUCGAGACUGUCGAGCUCUCGGUCGGUUCGCUGGUCGAGAAGCAGGACUACCGCUGCCAGAUCCAGGACAUGGCCGGCGAACCUCUGAUCGUCCUCCGUGGUGCAAACCGCGACAUCACCUUCUCCGACGCCGACAAGGGUGCCUGGACCUUGGAAAACCCGAGCGCAGUCCACCAGAUUGUCUGCGAUCCUACCUUUGUCGCUCAGAAGGUGUAA